AGUGCCUUUGAUGAGAAGGGGUACAGACAUUUCCAUCAUGGCUCAUUCAAAGACAAGGACCAACGAUGGGAAGAUUACUUACCCUCCUGGUGUCAAGGAAAUCUCAGAUAAAAUCUCUAAAGAGGAGAUGGUGAGGCGGUUAAAGAUGGUGGUAAAGACUUUCAUGGAUAUGGACCAGGACUCUGAAGAGGAAAAGGAACUCUACCUAAACCUAGCUUUACAUCUUGCUUCCGACUUCUUCCUCAAGCACCCUGAUAAGGAUGUCCGCUUACUGGUAGCUUGCUGCCUUGCUGACAUUUUCAGGAUUUAUGCUCCUGAGGCUCCGUACACAUCUCCUGAUAAACUAAAGGAUAUAUUUAUGUUUAUCACAAGGCAAUUAAAGGGACUAGAAGAUACAAAGAGCCCUCAGUUCAAUAGGUAUUUUUAUUUACUUGAGAACAUUGCAUGGGUUAAAUCAUAUAACAUAUGCUUUGAGUUAGAAGAUAGUAAUGAAAUCUUUACUCAACUAUACAGAACAUUAUUCUCAGUUAUAAACAAUGGCCACAAUCAGAAAGUUCAUAUGCACAUGGUGGACCUCAUGAGCUCUAUCAUUUGUGAAGGGGACACAGUAUCUCAGGAGCUCUUAGAUACAGUUUUAGUAAAUCUGGUACCUGCCCAUAAGAACUUGAACAAGCAAGCAUAUGAUUUGGCAAAGGCAUUGCUGAAGAGGACUGCUCAAGCCAUUGAGCCAUAUAUUACCAAUUUUUUUAACCAGGUUCUGAUGCUUGGGAAAACAUCUAUCAGCGAUUUGUCUGAGCAUGUCUUUGACUUAAUCUUGGAACUCUACAAUAUUGACAGCCAUUUGCUACUUUCUGUUCUACCCCAACUUGAGUUUAAGUUAAAGAGCAAUGAUAAUGAAGAACGACUCCAGGUGGUUAAGCUGCUGGCAAAAAUGUUUGGGGCAAAGGAUUCAGAACUGGCCUCUCAGAACAAGCCGCUCUGGCAGUGCUACUUGGGCAGGUUUAAUGAUAUCCACGUACCAAUCCGCCUGGAAUGUGUGAAAUUUGCUAGCCACUGCCUCAUGAACCAUCCUGAUUUAGCAAAGGAUUUAACAGAAUAUCUUAAAGUGAGGUCGCACGACCCUGAGGAAGCUAUUAGACACGAUGUUAUUGUGUCUAUAGUGACAGCUGCUAAAAAGGACAUUCUUCUAGUUAAUGAUCACUUACUUAACUUUGUGAGAGAGCGGACAUUGGACAAACGGUGGCGAGUUCGUAAAGAAGCCAUGAUGGGACUUGCCCAGAUUUAUAAGAAAUAUGCUUUACAGUCGGCCGCUGGCAAAGACGCUGCAAAACAGAUAUCCUGGGUCAAGGACAAGCUGCUACACAUAUAUUAUCAGAACAGCAUUGAUGAUCGGUUACUUGUUGAGCGGAUCUUUGCUCAGUACAUGGUUCCUCACAGUUUGGAAACCACGGAGCGGAUGAAGUGCUUGUAUUACUUGUAUGCGACACUGGACUUGAACGCUGUGAAAGCAUUGAAUGAAAUGUGGAAGUGUCAAAACCUACUCCGACAUCAAGUAAAGGAUUUGCUUGAUUUAAUUAAACAACCAAAAACAGAUGCCAGUGUCAAGGCCAUAUUUUCUAAAGUGAUGGUCAUUACAAGAAAUUUGCCAGAUCCUGGUAAGGCACAGGAUUUCAUGAAGAAAUUCACACAAGUGUUGGAAGACGAUGAGAAAAUACGGAAACAGCUGGAAGUCCUUGUUAGCCCCACGUGCUCUUGCAAGCAGGCUGAAGGCUGUGUGCGUGAAAUAACUAAGAAGUUGGGCAACCCUAAACAGCCUACAAACCCUUUUUUGGAGAUGAUCAAGUUUCUGUUAGAGAGGAUAGCACCUGUACACAUAGACACUGAGUCCAUCAGUGCUCUUAUCAAGCAAGUGAAUAAGUCAAUAGACGGAACAGCAGAUGAUGAGGAUGAGGGUGUUCCAACUGAUGAAGCUAUCAGGGCAGGCCUUGAGCUGCUGAAGGUGCUCUCUUUUACACAUCCCAUCUCAUUUCAUUCUGCUGAGACAUUUGAAUCCCUUCUGGCCUGUCUGAAAAUGGACGAUGAAAAGGUAGCAGAAGCUGCCCUACAAAUUUUCAAAAACACAGGAGGCAAAAUUGAAGAGGAUUUUCCACAUAUAAGAUCAGCCUUGCUUCCUGUAUUACAUCACAAAUCCAAAAAAGGACCACCUCGUCAAGCCAAAUAUGCCAUCCAUUGUAUUCAUGCCAUAUUUUCUAGUAAAGAGACCCAGUUUGCACAGAUAUUUGAGCCUCUGCACAAAAGCCUGGAUCCCAGCAACCUGGAACACCUUAUAACACCACUGGUCACCAUUGGUCACAUUGCUCUGCUUGCACCUGACCAGUUUGCUGCUCCCCUGAAGUCUUUGGUAGCAACAUUCAUUGUGAAGGACCUUCUCAUGAAUGACCGGCUUCCAGGAAAAAAGACAACUAAACUUUGGGUUCCAGAUGAAGAAGUCUCUCCCGAGACAAUGGUCAAAAUUCAGGCUAUUAAAAUGAUGGUUCGAUGGCUACUUGGAAUGAAAAAUAAUCACAGUAAAUCAGGAACGUCCACCCUGAGAUUACUAACAACGAUACUGCACAGUGAUGGGGAUCUGACGGAGCAAGGGAAAAUUAGUAAACCAGACAUGUCCCGCCUGAGACUUGCUGCUGGGAGUGCUAUUGUGAAGCUGGCACAGGAGCCCUGUUACCACGAGAUCAUUACGUUGGAGCAGUACCAGCUGUGCGCACUAGCCAUCAACGAUGAGUGCUAUCAAGUCAGGCAGGUGUUUGCUCAGAAACUUCACAAAGGCCUUUCCCGCUUGCGGCUUCCACUGGAGUACAUGGCCAUCUGUGCGCUCUGUGCCAAAGACCCUGUGAAAGAGAGAAGAGCUCACGCCAGACAGUGCCUGGUCAAGAACAUCACUGUGAGGCGGGAGUACCUGAAACAGCACGCAGCUGUUAGUGAAAAAUUACUGUCUCUUCUACCGGAAUAUGUUGUUCCAUAUACAAUUCACCUUUUGGCGCAUGACCCAGAUUAUGUCAAAGUACAGGAUAUUGAACAACUUAAGGAUGUGAAAGAAUGUCUUUGGUUUGUUCUGGAGAUAUUGAUGGCUAAAAAUGAAAACAACAGCCAUGCAUUUAUCAGAAAGAUGGUAGAAAAUAUUAAACAGACAAAAGAUGCUCAAGGACCAGAUGAUACAAAAAUGAAUGAAAAAUUAUACACUGUGUGCGAUGUUGCCAUGAACAUCAUCAUGUCGAAGAGCACCACGUACAGUCUGGAGUCUCCGAAAGACCCAGUGUUGCCAGCUCGCUUUUUCACCCAGCCCGACAAGAAUUUCAGUAACACCAAAAAUUAUCUGCCUCCAGAAAUGAAAUCGUUUUUCACUCCUGGAAAGCCUAAAACAGCCAAUGUUCUAGGAGCAGUUAAUAAGCCACUUUCAUCAGCAGGCAAACAGUCUCAGACCAAGUCAUCGAGAAUGGAAACUGUGAGCAACGCGAGCAGCAGCUCAAAUCCAAGCUCUCCUGGAAGAAUAAAGGGGAGGCUUGAUAGCUCUGAAAUGGAUCACAGUGAAAAUGAAGAUUACACGAUGUCUUCACCUUUGCCAGGAAAAAAAAGUGACAAGAGAGACGACUCUGAUCUUGUAAGGUCUGAGUUGGAGAAGCCUAGAAGUCGGAAGAAAGCGCCUGCCACAGACCCGGAGGAGAAGUUAGGUAUGGACGACCUGAGUAAGUUGGUCCAGGACCAGAAGCCUAAGGGCAGUCAGCGAGGUCGGAAGCGGGGCCACACAGCAUCAGAGUCAGAGGAGCAGCAGUGGCCUGAGGAGAAGAGGCACAGAGAGGAGCUCCUGGAGAAUGAAGAUGAGCAGAACAGCCCACCAAAAAAGGGCAAGAGGGGCAGGCCACCAAAACCUCUAGGUGCCAGCGGGUCAUCAAAGGAAGAGCCAACAAUGAAAACAUCCAAGAAAGGAAAUAAGAAAAAAGCUGCACCCCCGAUAGUAGAUGAAGAUGAAGAAGAAGAAAGACAGAUUGGAAACACAGAACAGAAGUCAAAGAGCAAACAGCACCGCUCAUCGAAGAGAGCCCAACAGAGAGCAGAGUCUCCUGAAACUAGUGCAGUGGAGUCCACACAGUCCACACCACAGAAAGGACGAGGGAGACCAUCAAAAACGCCAUCACCGUCACAGCCCAAAAAAAAUGUCCGUGUAGGACGCUCCAAACAUACAGCUACGAAAGAAAACGACUCCAGUGAGGAAAUGGAUGCACUUCAAGCCAGCUCUCCUGUCAGUGACGACACGGCACAGGAAGGAGCAGAAGAGGAGGACAUAAAUGCAGGAAAUGUACGGCGGAGAAGUUCCAAGCGAGAGAGACGAUGAACAUAUGUCAUUAACUUUAAUUAUGAAAGCUUUGGGGACAAAACCAUUAUUUUUCCCUCAAAUAUGAGACUAAAUAAAGCCUUUGAUGCACAAAACGGGACUGCCAAAGUGAGGACAGUUGGAACUUUGACACCCAUGACUCUGUGGUCACAUCCAUCAGCCAUUCACAUAGUGAUAACAUUGACUACAGAGUUUGUGACAGUGUCGUGUGUCAUGGCUGUGUA